UCGUCAUACCUUGGAGGUUUCGACAUUAGCCGUCGGGGAAAACAUCGCUAAGAAAGAAGGAGUCAGAGUAUUUUAAAGAUUUGGUGUCAUGGAAAUGUGAAUUACUCUUGGAGAGGAGCUCAACAACUCAGUACUUUUGGUGAAAUUGAACGUGAUACAACUGUUGAACAAUACAGAUUUAGCCAGAUGACCUAGUGUUGUGAUUUCCGAUAGCGGUGCAAGUGCUGACGGCUGGGCAUUACUGAUUUACAUGCUUCAAAUAACUCGACACAUAAAACCUAAAGAGGAACCAGGAGCAUCAACAAAUUAUCCACCUCACAAUAGCUUACAGAACGACGGCUCCUUCUGAAAGACUUUGUUCCUGAAAUACAGGCUUCGACUUACGCUGUAUCCUGGAAAAAGAAACUGCUAAAACUGCUAAACAAAAGUUCUCAGUGGUGAACUGUUGUGUAGUUUAAACGGUUUUCAAGUAGGUUUGACUGAUUUUUGACUGUCGACACCUUGCUCUGUUAAAAUCAUGUCCAACAGCACUAUUCAACCUACAGCCAGUGAAGUGGAACUAGAGGAUAAAGUGAAACCGGCCUUCUACGCGGUAGCUUUUGUACUGGGACUUUUGGGCAACUUUUUAGUGAUUAUCAUCGUAGUAGCCAGACGAAAUCGUCGAACAGCAAAUGACAUAUUUAUCCUGAACCUGGCCAUAAGUGACCUAGUAUACCUGUUUGUCUGCCUUCCAACAAACGUCUAUAUGAUGUUUGCAGACAUUCAGUAUGACCUGUACUGCCGUUUAAUUUGGCCUUUAAUGACUGUCACUGUCAAUCUCAGCAUCUUCACUCUCACAUCCAUGGCUGUUUUUCGGUGUUAUGUCAUUCUGUACCCUUUUAAGGCCGAGAUGCGUCAUCGCUACGUUCUUCUUUGGAUCGUGGGAAUUUGGUUUCUUGGCCUCCUUCUUGUGCUCCCGUUACUACUCGUGACAAAACCGAAGCUGGCGGAGCCACAAGGGUGUACAGAGGUUUGGCCUUCCCCUCAGUACAGGCAGGCCUACACAGCCAGCCUUUUCGUACUUCAGUUCAUGCUGCCACUGACCAUUAUUGCUGUUGCAUAUGUUCGUAUCGGCCUCGAUCUGGUGCGUCAAGGUAGACACCAGGUUCCACAUCACGCGGCACAUCAAGAAAGAAGAAGAGAGAAUAUGCAAGUGAUUAAAACAUUAGCAACAAUCGUGAUCUUAUUUGCUAUUUGUAUGCUGCCUGCUCAGCUUGCCUGGCUUCUUCACGACUUUGCUUAUGAAGAUAACAAAAGCUUGGUAGGUUUCCUGUUCAGCUUCUCUCCCUCACUACUCUAUUUCCACAGCUGUUUGAAUCCAAUUGCUUAUGGCACGCUCACUAAGCACUACCGGCGUGGUUUCAUCCGAUUUUUCUCUUACGUUUUCUGCUGCGGCUUCAUAAGCUUGCUCAGAAGGAACUCAGCUACAAGUCACUUGGGCUUAAACAAGAUGUGUGCAACUUGGGGAAAGAGAAAGACGGACAGUAGCAGCAGUAGUGAGUUUUGCCAACGAAACAAUAACACGGAGGUAGCCUUACUACAGGAGGAACUAUUAAAAGAUAAUGGACCAGAAAAUGUUUCGCAAGGAAAACUGGAAAAAGAAACAGUUGUUUAAGUCAAACAUGCACAUUUACCUUACGAAGUAUAACACAGAUUAAAAUAUCGCAGUAAAAUUCCAAAAUAUCCCUAAACAUAUGAUUGCAAAGACAUUUACUGAGUAUAUUUUUGUUAAAAAAAAGAAAGGGAG